CGUUAACGCAACGUCUAUUUUGUACGCUUAUGUAUUUCUUAUGUAUUAUGAAUGUUCGAGAAACAUCAGUCAAAUUAUAUUCAGUGAAUACACAUUCGUUUCGUUUUCGUUAAAAGGAGGGAUACUUCUUUUACAAAAGAUAAGCUUUUCACUGAACCAAGUGAACCAUUGUUAAUACCUUUGUCAUACUCUGGGACUAACGGAACACAGCUUGCAAACAACAACCAAAUCUAGGUGCGGUAUAAUACGAAGCACUCUUGUGACACCGCCUGAGAUAAAAGUUUCACGAGGACAGACGCAUUCGAAACCUUGAUUCGACUAUUUAAACAGCAGCCGAAAGUGGAAGUUGCAUAGUUAUAAUUAAUAAAUUGCAAUACACAUUCAGCCCGGAACAUAUCUAAAACACAAAGGAGUUGACCGAUAUAAAGCACUCCCAUUGAACGUUAAAGAAAGGAUUGUUAAAGAAAAAUCAAGAGCAGAUCAAUCUGAUACCAACUCAUUAAGAACGGCUAUGGAAUUACAUUUAAUGUUCGUUUUAACGAUCUGUUUCAUCAAUGUACUCUACGCGGCAUCACUGCCAGGGGUUGAUGUUUAUUUACAGACAGAUCUACACAAUGAUAGACGUCAUCACAGUAAUAAAAAAUCUUUAAAACACUUCUCCGAGCACAGUUUAUGCAAUGAUACUCGGGGAAUAAUAAAGUUUCUUACGGCACUUGAUGAUCAUUUUCAGAAUAUAUCAGAAACUAUGCGGGUGAAUUUUAUCCUUGAUCUGUGUUCAAGACGGGAUAAUAUGCUGAUUGACUGGGUGAAGGAAAUAUUCGAUAAAGACGGUGACGGUUACAUAUCUCAUUUCGAACGCGUAUACUACGACAGAAGAAAGUGAUAUGGAGACAGUAUUGCAUUACUGGCUUUGUGGACAAGAUACAAAAGUGUGGAAUAGAGUGAUCAUUACUGCCAUGGAUUCCACAUUAGUGUAGAAUGCCAUGUUUAUAACUAGCCUUGAUUCCACAAAAGCGAAAUUGACAUGAGUCCGCAAUAGUGUGGCAUGGCAUGGUCAUUACGGGGGGCCUGGAUUGCCCAAAAUUAACACUAGGGUCGUGUAUAAUCAGGUGUGCGAAAAUAGUUGACAAAAUUGUCAAGAGAAAUGUCCUUUAACAAUGCUUUGGCAAACAAAUUGUUUUCCCAUUAUACUUUCUCUUAUAUUACUGUGACAUUUUUCUCUCUUUAUGAAAUAAGCCCAAAGUGCAUUUUUCUUCAAUAAAACUUCUGAGGUUUAGUCUUGAGUGUGCUUAAUUCUUCCUAUGGUUGUUUGGUGUAGGCUUGAAUGAACAUAUUCGUUAUCAGGAAAAAGGAAAUUAAGGAAAAUAAAUAAAAGGAAGAACAUUUUCAUCGCUUUUUCCAAAAAACGUUUUCGUUCAAUGUGGCCAUAAAACGCCAUCCCAU